GUUAAAGAGAAACGAAAGUGAAAGUCAGGAGCUUGUGCUUCGCUUCUAGCUUCCAGAGAAGUUCUACGCAGCCAUGGCCCAAGCAAACCGAGCAAUCCGCAAUACUUCAAAUCAUAAAUAUUAUGGAACUAUUGAUCCUGCUCCGGAGACUUUUGGGAUCACACCUCCUGUUAUGACAGCUGAAGGACCUUCUGCUCCUCCUGCCUUUGAUGUAAACAACGUGUCUGGCUACGAAGGCACUACAGUUGGGGACACAGGGAAGUAUUUCCCUCCUCCACCUGAUUCGCUUCCUUAUUGGGAAAGUGAGCCAAUGCCAGCUCAGACAAACUGGAAUAUUCCUGCUAUUUCAGAAGAUGAAGCCAAAGAAGCCUUUAUCGAGUAUGCUGCAAGCAAAUGUUGCUACAGCAAAGCUCCAGCCAGAGACUUGGUGUUUCAGGAUCUCCUAGCACUGAAUACCUACAGAUAUUUCUUGGAGACUUUCACUGAAUCAAGGUCUUCAUUAUGGAAAACCAUACCAUAUAGAGGAGAACCUGUUGAUUCUGCUAUGUAUGGUGCAGCUCCUUCUCCCUGGGACAUGAUAGUAGAAGUUCCUGAAAUAUUCAAAAACAACAUUGUAAGAAUUAAAGUGCCUCACACAUCAACAGUAAAGGGAUGUCCGAUAUGUGGCUGUUCUGGUAGACGACCCUGCACCCAGUGCCAUGGCCUCACAAGGAAGCAAUGUUGGGUCUGUAAUGGAACAGGAUCCCAGUUCACUAAUCAGAGGUGUUCUUCUUGUUCUGGAACGGGAACAAUGAUGUGCAAUGACUGUUCUGGCCUGGGGACAACUGCUUGUACAGACUGUGGAGGAACAGGAAAGUUGCUGACAUACAUUGAGCUGCAAGUUGAAUGGAAAAAUAACAUAUUUGAAUACGUGGUGGAUGAAAGAACUGGGUUUCCUACUGAACUGUUCAAAGCAGUUAAAGGGAAGAAGCUAUUUGUGGAUGAGCAAUACUUGGUUCAUCCAGUGACAAAUUUCCCUAUCAGUGCUGUUAAUCAAGCUUCCCGAAAUGCCAUUGAACAACAUCAAGCUCAGUUUGGAUCCACCACACGGAUAUUGAGACAGAGACAAACCAUUGAGCUGGUAUUUCUUACCAAAGUGGAAUAUGAAUGGCAUAGGAAAUCCUACUCCUAUUAUGUCUAUGGGAAUGAGCACAAGGUGUAUGUGGAGGAUUAUCCUAAAAAGUGUGGCUGUACUAUUAUAUGAUACAUGGACCUUCGAACCACGGAUGGAGAAACUCUGAUCAUUCCUGCAUUAUGUCUGCUCUUCAGCUUUUCUCCCCCAAUUCUUUUUUUUACAAGUCAUGUAUCUCAGGUGAAUUAUAAACAAUUGUGUUAGCCUUUAAACGAAGACCUUCAGACUUCUACAGCUGAAACACUCUGCAUAUUUUUUGUACAAUUGAAUGUUUGUUGUUUUUGAUGGUUAAAAAUACUUGUGUUGGUAUAUAUUAGUUAUAACAAAUGUUAAAAAGUUGAAGUCAAACAUGCCAGAGAUUCCAUUCCUUUUCUAUUUCUGGUUGUGCUUAGUUUCUUCUCUCAAACUGAAUUAAUUUGUUAUGUUCUGAGCAUUUAAUUCAGGGGUGUCAAACUCAAUUUUAUUGAAGGCCACAUCAGGUUUGUGUUUGACCUUGUGGGGCUGGGGUGGGUGUGGCCAGGGUGGGCAGGGUCAGCAUGAUGUCACUUGUGUUGGGGGGCACCUGUGGCCCGAGAGCUCUGCCAGUGUAAACAGGCUCCCAAGCUCCAUUUUUUGGCUGCGACAGCCUACUGCAACACUGCCAGCCAAAAUGGAGCUUGGGAGGGCCAUGUGCAGCCCUCGUGAGCUUCAUUUUUGUUGGCAGAGGCGCUGCAGGCAGAGGCACUUUGCUAUUUCCAGGGCAGCCCUGCAGGCCAGAUCUAAGCACCCUGUGGGCUGGAUCUGGGGCCCAGGUCAUUAAUUGACACCCCUG